AUGAGCAUUGGCACGUGGGAUGCAUCUCAAGAGAAACAAGACUUGUCUCGAGACUCUGUCCAUGCGGAGCCGAACAAUUCAGCAAACCUCAACAAUCAGGGAACGGAUCGAAACACCCCAAGUCCUUACAGGGACCUAUACACCAAACUCAAAGGCCAUGGUUUAAAGAUUGCACAUCUUAAUGUCAGAAGCCUGAUUAGGAAAAUCAGCGAGAUCAAAUUAAUGUUAACAGAGAGUAAAUUCGACAUCCUUGCAAUCACAGAAACUCAUUUGGACGAUGAAACACCCACUGAGGAAGUCACGCUAACAGGAUACCAAGUCGCUAGGCUGCACAGGAAGGAUCAACAAGGCGGUGGCUGCAUAAUAUAUUACUCAGAAUGCUUGCACGUAUACAAGAGAGACGAUCUCAAAUCAGACAUUGAAGCAAUCUGGAUUGAUGUCACUGUGAACUCUCAGAAGCUACUACUUGGCUGUGUAUACAGACCCCCAGAUGAUUACACCUUCUACAACAAAUUUCACAGUCUGCUUGAACACUGUGCGAGGAACAGAAAAAAUGUAGUGAUCCUUGGUGACCUGAACUAUGACUUGAUUGCCAAGGACUAUGAAGGGAGAAGACUGCUUAGAAUCCUUGGCAGCUUUGACCUUAACAAUGUCGUAAAAGACCCCACAAGAACAANGCUAAUUCGGAUUGUACUUUCCAUCAAGCUCGUCUCCUCACAAGUGGUGAUGUCUCACUUAAUCCUGGUCCGACAAUAA